UGUUAAAUGUUUCGUACGUCACUCCCGAGGAGAGUUUCAAGAGCAGAGGAAAGGCCUGGAAAACAUUUUCAUUGCUGAAAACAAGAAUGAGUUCAAUCACCGGUCAGUUCUUGAUCCAGCGCCCACGAUUCAAUCAUGUUUACUUGGAAAACAGUAGCUUUCAUUUACCAAAGCAAGUUCAGUUCCCAGUUUUGCCACUAAAUUCCGAUGUUCCUGUCCCUGUCGGUUCCAUUUCUCAGUUUGGGAGCUCUAGACCUUUGGUGUGUAAAUGUGCAUCAGAGAAACUUUCAGGUUCUUUUGAAAGGGAUCCGGGUCAGGAAUAUGGACUCGAAUCAAAUCAGAGGGUUAAACAGAGGAAGGCUUCUAUAGUGGAGAUUUUGAAGCAAUCCAAUUCCAUUCUGCCUCAUGUUGUCCUUGCUAGUACAAUUUUGGCUCUUGUCUAUCCGCCUUCUUUCACAUGGUUUACCAGCAGGUAUUAUGCCCCUGCAUUAGGGUUUCUGAUGUUUGCAGUGGGGGUUAAUUCCAGCGAGAAGAAUUUCAUUGAAGCAUUCAAAAGACCAGAUGCUAUUUUUGCUGGUUAUGUUGGCCAAUUUCUCAUGAAGCCUCUACUUGGAUAUAUUUUUGGAAUGAUUGCCGUGACAGUGUUUCGUCUUCCUACUCCCUUAGGUGCAGGGAUUAUGUUGGUAUCCUGUGUCAGUGGUGCCCAGCUCUCAAAUUAUGCUACCUUUCUGACAGAUCCACCACUGGCUCCCUUAAGUAUCGUUAUGACAUCAUUAUCUACUGCUACUGCAGUUUUUGUUACACCAAUGUUGUCUCUCCUGCUUAUUGGAAAAAGACUGCCAGUUGAUGUCAUGGGAAUGGUCUCUAGCAUUCUGCAGAUUGUUAUUGCACCUAUUGCAGCAGGGUUGCUUCUGAAUCGUUUGUUCCCUCAUCUUUGUGCAGCCAUCAGGCCUUUUUUGCCUCCGCUUUCUGUACUUGAUACAGCUUUCUGUGUUGGAGCGCCACUUGCUAUUAACAUUAAUUCGGUUUUGUCCCCUUUUGGUUUAACUGUUUCAUUGCUCAUUGUUGCAUUCCAUUUAUCGGCAUUUAUUGCUGGUUAUUUCCUUAGUGGUUUUGUUUUUCAUAAGGCACCUGAUGUGAAAGCAUUGCAAAGAACUCUAUCCUUUGAGACAGGAAUGCAAAGCAGUCUUCUGGCACUUGCACUUGCUAAUAGGUUCUUCCAAGAUCCACUUGUGGGUGUGCCUCCAGCUAUCUCUCUUGAACAAUCUGAAGAAGGAAUAUUUGCUCACCAGGGUGGUUCCUUAAGUGAAUGGAUUCGUUAUUCAUAAUGACAGUAAUCAUGUCUCUGAUGGGCUUCUCUCUGGUCAUGCUUUGGGCAAAGAAAAAGGAAUAACCGGACAAUGAAGAGUUCAUUGAAUUGGCGAGUUUGUCGAUUCUUUAUACGAUGCAUGAUAUUUGCUGCGAAACAGAGUUGAAAAAUGGUAUCAUUGUAGGACAGAGGGAGUGCACCCUCAGAACAUCUCCUGAGAAUAGAAUGGAAAUCUCUUGUACUUUAGUGUAGGGUUCAUUCAUGACUAACCGGGAAGUAGAAUUUUUCUUUCUUUUCGUUAAUAUUGCUGAAUCAAGUUUUUACUAUUAGGUGAUUUGGAGUACCAUGCUCCUUGCUUAGGUCAAUGUAAAAUGUAAGCAACAUGGUUCUCCAUAGCAGGUUACAUAAAUGGAAGCCACUUGAAGAAAAAGUGGGUUAUGCUUUGGAUGCUUUCCUUGCCCAA